AUGGUGGCCGACUGGCCACAUGGAGACCCCAGAGGGUCUGGGGCGGUGGAGCACACCGCCAAACCGAAACCGAGCAAACCAGGCGCGGUAGGAGGCGGCCCCCCCUCGAACCCGGUGCUCAGCUGCCUCCGCACCAACCUGCUGCUGCUGAUGACCAUGCUGUUCGUGUUGGGGGGCGUGCUGCUGGGGCUGGGGAUGUCCAACGCCGGCGGCGUGACCAUGCUGGGCCCCUCGCGCCUGGCGGCCUUCGCCUUCCCCGGGGAGCUGCUGCUCCGCAUGCUGCGCAUGGUCAUACUGCCGCUGGUGGUGUGCAGCCUCAUCAGCAGCACCGCCAGCAUGGACCCGGGCGUGCUCGGGCACCUGGGCUGCUGGGCGCUCCUCUUCUUCCUGUUCUCCACGCUGAUCGGGUGUAUGAUUGGCAUCAGCCUGGCGGUGGCUCUGCAGCCCGGCGCCGCCCUCGCCGAGGCCCAAAACGACACGGGUGGGAGCCCCUCCGCCCCGCAGGGCUCCGGCAAGUCGGUGCUGGAUUCUAUCCUGGAUCUUCUGAGAAAUGUAUUCCCUUCCAACCUGGUGACUGCAACCUUCAGCUCGUAUGCGACCUACUACGAAGAUAGAGAUUUCUACGGAACCACGAUGAAGGUGCCUGUGGGGCACCAGGUGGAGGGCAUGAACAUCCUGGGCCUGGUGGUGUUCUCCAUGGCCUUUGGCGUGUGCCUGCGGAAGCUGGGGCGGAACGGAGAGAUACUCAUCCACUUCUUCAGCUCCUUCAACAACGCCACCAUGGAGAUGGUGUCCUGGAUCGUGUGGUUCACCCCCGUGGGCGUCUUGUUCCUGGUGGCCAGCAAGGUCAUGGAGAUGGAGGACAUGAACAAGCUCUUCUCCAGUGUCGGCAAAUACGUCCUGUGCAUCAUGCUGGGCCACGGCAUCCACGGGCUCCUGGUGCUGCCCUUCUUGUACUUCAUCCUCACCAGGAAGAACCCCUACCGCUUCCUGUGGGGCAUCGUGACAGCGCUGGCCAUGGCCUUCGCCACUUGCUCCAGCUCCGCCACUUUGCCGCUGACCAUGCAGUGCGUGGAGAGGAACGGCAUCUCUAAAAACAUCUGCCGCUUCAUCCUGCCCAUUGGGGCCACUGUCAACAUGGACGGAGCCGCCCUCUUCCAGUGUGUGGCCGCAGUGUUCAUUGCGCAGGCCAACCAGAGGCCCCUGGAUAUAGUGAUGAUCAUCACCAUCCUGAUCACGGCCACCGCCUCCAGCGUGGGCACUGCGGGCGUCCCUGCUGGAGGUGUCCUCACUCUGGCCAUCAUCCUUGAGGCAGUCAACCUGCCGGUUGACCUCUCCUUGAUCCUGGCUGUGGACUGGCUAGUCGACCGGACCUGUACGGUCAUCAAUGUGGAAGGUGAUGCCUUUGGUGCGGGAGUCCUCCAACAUUUGGUGGAUCGGGGAAAGGCUAGUAGUGGCUCAGUGCCCCAGUUGCUCCAGGUGAAGAGUGACAGCUCUGUGGCUGCAAUGCCGAUCUUCAGACACUAUUCAAGACCAUCUAAGGAUAUUGACACCUCCAAGAAGAGCUUAGGCAUGUAA